AUGUUUUAAUUUGAAUUUAAAGCUGAUAAAUAUUAUAUUUUGAUUGAGAUUUACAAAUAGUAGUAUUAUUUUAAGCGUUUAUUGAAACAUUAAGAAGAGAUAGUGUUCAAUUAGAAUGAAUUAGAGUUGUAGAUAAUGUGGAGAUGGAGAGAGAGUGUAUUAGAAAAUCUACAUAAGAUGGGACAAGUUUUGACAUAUGAUUUAUGGUAAAUGAAUAUUAAUAUUAUUAGCAUAGCUCCUGAUAAAUUUGAAUAGUUUGCAGAGUAAGUGUAUUAUGGAAGGGAAGGGCCUUAUAAUGCAUAUUAUGGACAUUUAGGUGAUGGGGACAUUAAUUACAAUAUUGUGUUUGAAAGUGUAGAGGAGAUGCAUAUGGAAUAUAUUAAGAGUAGAAGAGAAGAUCAUUUUUCACUUACAAAGAAUUUGAAUGGGUGUAUAAGUGUGGUGAAUAUGGAAGUAGGUUAAUUGAAAUGA